AUGGGGCUUUGGCUUCAGGUAACACUACUGCUUCUACGGGGGGUGUUUAGGGACUUUAAUGCAAAUUGGUUGGGUGGCUAUUCAAUGAGGAUUGGCAAAGAAUCUAUCUUUAGGAUUGAAGCUCGUGCAAUGUUGGAAGGUCUGCGCAUUGCGUGGGACAUGGGGUUCAGGCAGAUUGAAUUGAAAUGCGAUAAUGCACUUCUGGUCGAGUUGCUUUUAGCUGGAUGGCAUGCAUAUAGUAGAUUGGUGGAGUUACGCUUAGUGCGCCAACUUCUAAGUAGGAAUUGGAAAGUAAGGAUUCAUCACAGUCUAAGAUCUCUAAAUGAAAUGGCUGAUCAUAUGGAAAAAGGUAUUUUUGAGGGUUUGAUAGGGGUCAAAGUGCAAUUUUAUAUUUUUUUGGCAGGUUUGGGUAUCAUUCAACAUGGUGAUUCAUCGAACUCCAUUAACAACGUUAACAACAUCUUCAACGUCACCGACAAUGUCAGCAACGCCGGCAACAUCUCCAACACCAGCAACACCAAUGCCGUCAGCACCAUGCCUCCACCGAGCCCGGUGUUGCGCGAACAGGAUCAGUACAUGCCAAUAGCCAACGUGAUCCGCAUCAUGCGCCGCAUCCUACCACCCCAUGCCAAAAUCUCAGACGAAGCCAAAGAAACCAUCCAAGAAUGCGUUUCGGAGUUCAUCAGUUUCAUCACCGGGGAAGCCAACGAACGCUGCCAAAGCGAGCAACGCAAGACCGUCACCGCCGAGGACAUCCUCUGUGCCAUGGGAAAACUAGGCUUCGACGACUACAUCGAGCCCCUCACCGUUUACUUGACCCGGUACAGGCAAUCCGAGAACGAGAGGACUUCACUGCGCGGGGACACCUUUUUGAAGCGCGGGAAUGCCUAUGGGCCAAUGAUGAUUCCCCCUCACGGCGUCGAGCCUUUCAAUGCGGGGUUUCAGGAAGGGAUGACGGAUGCCACCUCCGCCGCCGCCCGAGCCAUCAUGGGUGGAUACAACCAUGGUGCUCAUCCAGGUGGUGCCGCUGGAUCAUCAUCGCAGCAGGCUCCUUUCGAUAACAACUUGGAUCCAUUUGUUGAGUUCAAAUGAGAAAAUAUGGAUUAAAAAAGGGAAAAGCAAAUUUAAUUUGAAUAAACAGAUAAUCAUAGUAUCAAAGUAGCCGUUGUUUAGGAAUAUAUGGAGAAGGCAAAUACACAGAUACAGUGUGGGCAUCAGUUAGGGUUAUAAUUUUCAUUUUGCUUAAUGAACUUGAACAUGUAUCUGUUCAUUGGUAUGGUUUAAACAGUUACAGUAAUAGGAUUGCUUGUGUUUUUUUAAUGUAUUUGGAGCUGAA